AUGGCCCCCGAGCUGAGGAAGAGAACCAGAUCGGUCACCGCGGCUGAGAACGCGCCCGCGGCCAAGAAGGCCACAAAGGCCGAGAAGGUCGAGAAGACCGAACCUGCGCCCAAGAAGGCCAAGGCUGAGAAGGUCAAGGCCGAGAAGGUCGAGAAGGUUGAGAAGAAGGCUACUCCCAAGCGCAAAGCCCCCGAGGAGGCCUCGCCCGUCGCCGCGAAGAAGCAGAAGCCCGCGAAGGCCACCCCCAAGACCACCCCGAAAUCCAAGAAGGCUGCUGCCAAGCCCGAGCCCGCUGAAGAGCCCGAGUCCGAGCCCGAGACCACCGAGGUCGUCGAGGAGGAGGCUGAGACUUCUGUUAUUCCUGUCGAGGAUGGCGGCGACUCUGACGAGGAGAUCGAUGCCGACAUCCAGGCACUUGCGGCUGGAUUGGACCCGGAGGACGCGCCCGAGGCUGACGGAACCCUCUUCAAGGAAGGCCAGGACGUGGGAACGAUCCCCAAGAUCAGCAAGAAGCAGAAGAAGUCCAUUGGAGGAUCAAGCGAGGAACCCGGCGUGGUUUUCAUCUCGAGACUGCCCCAUGGUUUCUACGAGCACGAGUUGAAGGGCUACUUCUCUCAGUUUGGCAAGAUUAACAGGCUGAGACUCGCCCGCAACAAGAAGACCGGCGCAAGCAAGCACUGGGCUUUCAUUGAGUUCGCCGAGGAGAGCACCGCCCAAAUUGUCGCGAAGACCAUGGACAGCUACCUCUUGUUUGGCCACAUCCUCAAGGUCAAGACCGUCCCCAAGGAGUCGCUGCACGAGAACCUGUGGAAGGGUGCCAACAAGCGCUUCAAAAAGAUCCCAUGGAACAAGAUGGCUGCCAACGAGGUCGCAAAGAAGAGGACGGAGUCGACUUGGGCUCAGAAGGUCUCUAGGGAGGAGAAGAAGCGCGAGGAGCGUGCUAAGAAGCUCAAGGCGAUCGGAUACGAAUUCGACAUCCCCGACCUGAAGAAGGCCGUCGCGCCGCCGCCCGAACCCAUGGCUAUUGACGCUCCCGAGGAGCCCAAGGCCAUUGAGGCAGCACCGGCUGAGGAGAAGCCUGCUGAGGAGGAGGCUGCCCCUGCGGCGGAGGAUGAGGCAGCGGAGACGCCCAAGACCAAGGCAAAGGCGAAGAAGGGCGGCAGAAGAAAGUCCAAGAACUGA